UGCUCUUCCCGCCCCGCCCCGCACGCAGUGCAUGUCGGGUGAACCGGAAGUAGCCGUGCACGUUGACAUUGCGGAGCGUCCGAUCCUCGAGACACGGAAAGUUUCAGGAUUGGUGUUCAUCAUCAUGGGUGCAUCCGUAUCCAAUCUUCCCCCAACUCUUCUAGCAGAGUCUGCAAUGUCAGCGCCUCAUUUUGGUGGGGCGUCCCCACCCCCUGGGUGUCCCAUGCAUCAAGAGCCCCCUAAAAGCUCUCCGCCUCCUGAGUGCCCGAUGCAUCAGGCUCAGACGCCACCGGCCGGCCCAGCGCAUCAGGAGAGAGCUUAUGAGUUUGUUGAAUGUCCCAUGAGAGCUUCUGAAGGAACCAUUGAUCCCGCAAACAUGAUGUCCCCUCCGAACCAGGUGCCCGCCCCGGACCAGCCGUUUUCUCUGUCAGUGAAAAGAGAGGAGUCUAAAAUCCCACGUUCAGGCACAGGCCAGAACUGGGUCUAUCCUUCUGAACAGAUGUUCUGGAAUGCCAUGCUGCGGAAGGGGUGGCGCUGGAAGGAUGACAGUCUUGCUCCAGAAGACAUGACCAAUAUAAUUCAGAUCCACAAUCGUAACAACGAUCAAGCCUGGCAGGAAAUCCUGAAGUGGGAAGCGCUGCAUGUCAGUGAGUGUCCCUGUGGUCCAUCUCUGAAGAAAUUCGGGGGCAAAGCCAAAGAGUUCUCGCCCAGAGCCAGAAUACGUCAUUGGAUGGGAUAUGAAUUGCCUUUCGACCGACAUGAUUGGAUCGUAGAUCGUUGCGGAAAGGAAGUCCGAUAUGUCAUUGACUACUACGAUGGGGAUAUUAAUAAAGACACCUACCAGUUUUCCAUCUUGGAUGUGCGUCCAGCCAUCGACUCUCUAGAGGCUGUCUGGGAUCGGAUGAGGGUGGCCUGGUGGCGAUGGACAUCAUAGACUCCAUCACAACACAGUUUUAAUAUUUCUGCACCACUAUAAGACAUCACAGACUAUUUGGUACCAAUAUAAUAUGAUGUGUGUGCUCAACUUCAUUGAGUUCUGACUGUUGACAUGAAUCUUAGCAAAUUAUUGCACACUGAAGGACUUAAAGGUUCACACUGAGGGACUUAAAGGGAGUGUUCUCUAUUGGAGAGCACAAUGAAUCAGUGUUUUUUCUUCUGAUGAGGUUCUGAAUUCAUCAUCCUCUAGCGGUUUUUCCUUUUCUGCUUUUUGAGUGAUGUUUAUCAAACUGGAAAGCUUGCUAUCUGGUCUUAUUCAGAGAUUAAACAUCCUCUGGUUGUUUUUCUCUCGCAAAGGCUGAUUGAGUGUUUUAGUUCAUGAAGAGAGCGGUUGGCAGCUGUUAGAAUUGUAGCCAGUGGUUUGGUGGUCUUCCCUUUUGAAUGUCAUUGAUUUUGAUGAAGCAUAUGAAAUAAUCUGUUCCUCUUCCAUAUUCAUCUGGCUGUUGGCUUUAAAAUGAUUUGAUUUCUUGUACCUACUGUUUGGGUUCAUGUAUUUUGUUCAAACGGCUUCAUUAUUGUGUGUGUGUGUGUGUGUGUGCGCUAAAGUGUUGCUAAGUAUGUUAUCUUUGAAUGAAAGUGUUUCUGAAAUAUUUCCCCCCGUUUUCUCUGAUUAAAUGUCAUUUGUUUUAAAUCUGACCUGCAUGAAAAAAUUAUUAUUCCAACUUCCAAAA